AUGGCCUGGUUGGGGAGGCCCCUGGGGCUGCGCCUGGCCCGCUGGAGCUCCCUCCUGGCCCGAGCAGGAGCAGCCCAGUCGGUUUGGCUGCCCAGAUCUGUGGGAAGUAUUAAUUUUAGCACCAAAGAAAAAGCUGAACCUACCAACAAACCACUUAAGAAACCAAAAUUGCCAGUAGGUCGUUUUGAUGAGGCAGAAGAAUCUAACAUAGAGACGGAGCCACUAGAAAAGUUUCCGGAUGGCAUCUAUCCUGUUACGAAGGAGAAAGGAGGACCCACGGGCCCUGAACCAACCCAUUAUGGAGACUGGGAAUGGAAAGGAUGCUGUAUAGAUUUUUGA